AUGGCGGCGUUCGAGGCGCCGGAGGACAUGGCGCGCUUCGAGAAGAAGCUGAACCAGCGCAACACCGAGUACGCCGAACGCCAGGCGCGCGAGCUGGCCCAGCAAGCCUAUCUGCGCGGUGAGAAGGUCGACCUCUCGCAGUGGGAGACGGCCGCGAUCGAGCAGCUCAAGAAGGAGCUCGCCGAGAAGAAAGCCAAGGAAGACGCCCAGAAGGCCGCCGACAAGGCCGAGGCGGAUGCCGAGAAGUACGCCGCUGCCGUGCUGGCCGCCCAGCGCGCCGGCAAGCCAGUCCCUGCGCCCGCGCCGGCAGCUUCGGCCCCGGACAAGAAGGACGACAAGGCGAAGGAACUCUGGGAACUGCGCGACGAGCUGAAGAAGAAGCUCACCCGCGAGAAGCUCAAGCCCGCCGACCUCUACCCCGGCCCGGCGCAGUUCGUCUGGGCGAACAAGGCCGACGAACUCGUCUUCCAGUACCGCGGCGGCCUGUACCGCUGGCAGCCCGACGCCAAGGCGCCGACGCCGCUGGUCGCCACGCAGCGGGAGCUGCGUACGGUUGCCUACACGCCCGACGACACGGGCUUCAUCUAUAUGGACGAGACCCGCGUGCUGCGGCUGUCGUUCAAGCAGGCCGGCGUGCAGGUGGUCAACCGUGAGCUGAUCCACCCCGACGACGAGCAGAAGAAGUACCGCAUCGAGCAGACCGCCAUCAGCGAGGACGGCCGAUGGAUGUCCCUGCUGGCCAAGGCCCCGAUCAAGACCGCGGACGACAAGCCCGCGCCGCCGGGGCGGCAGGUCGAGAUCAUGAACUACAGCGAGCGCUUUGCCACGGCCAAGAAGGUGAACCGUGAGGUGUCCGACGACAAGCGCACCGAGAAGCCGCUGGCGCUGUACAUCCGCGCCGUGCCCACCGGCGCCGAGCCACCGCGCAAGCAGCCCGAGCCGGUGUUCACGAACAACGGGGGCGAUGUCUGGUUCGAGAUGAGCGACGUGGCCUGGGCCAAGGACGGCAGCCGGUAUGCCUUCACGACCUGGGAGCGCGAGAAGGAACUGUUGCGCGUCUACCUGGGUCAGGCGUCCGAGAGCGCCAAGCCCGAGAUGAUCCUGGAGCGUCGCGGCGACGUGGGCCACGAGGUGGUCAAUGUGCUCAAGCCCCGCUUCACGCCUGACGGCAAGACGCUCGUGCUGGCCCUGGACGAGGCCGGCUGGCGCCAGCCCUACGCCAUCGACGUGGCCACGCGCGCCCUGCGGCCCCUGAUGAAGGGCGAGUUCGAGGCCCACACUGUCAUCGGCUUCACGGCCGACAGCCAGGCCAUGUUCGUGCUGUCCAACCAGGGGGACAGCGCGGCCAUGAACGUGCUGCGGGUGGACCUGGCCACGGGCGCGACGCAGCCCAUCGGUGCAGCGGGCGAGUUCCACCGCAGUGCCGCGAUGUCGCAGGACGGCCGCUGGGUGGCCGCCAACGCGGGCAACUGGGCGCGGCGUCCCGAGCUCAAGCUGCUCGCCACCGACGCCCGCACGCCGGCGCGCGUGCUGACCGACAGCAGCGACAAGGCCCUGGCCGACCUGAAGCUGCUGCAGCCGGAGCGCUUCGCCUACACCAACCGUCACGGGGACCGCAUCCAGGCCUAUGUCUUCAAGCCGGCGGGCUGGCAGGCCACCGACAAGCGGCCGGCCGUGGUGUAUGUCUACGGCGGGCCGCUGAACGACCGGCACAUCGUGGAGGUCGACAGCUUCCAGAACACCGCCUACCUGUUCGGCCAGUACAUGGCCGCCAAGCACGGCUACGUGACGAUCGCCGUCGACCCGCGCGGCCACAGCAACUACGGCCGCAAGUUCUCGGAUGCGAACUGGGAGCGUGCCGGCGAGCCGCAGUCCGAGGACCUGGAAGACCUCGUCAAGCUGAUGCCCGCCCAGUUCGGCGUGGACGGCAGCCGCAUCGGCCUGAACGGCUGGAGCUUCGGCGGCUUCCAGACGCAGUACACCCUGUACACGCGGCCCGACCUGUUCGCCGCCGGCAUUGCCGGUGCCGGCCCCACGGAAUGGGAGAACUACAACAGCUGGUACAGCGGCCGCACCAUCGGCAAGACCGAGCGCAGCAAGCCCAAUCUGCGCAAGUACUCGCUGCUGCCGUUGGCCAAGGGCCUGAAGAAGCCGCUGAUGCUCGUGCACGGCAUGCAGGACCCGAACGUGCUCUACCAGGACACGGUCAACGUCUACCGCGAGCUGCUGGACUCGGGCAAGGAGUCGCUCGUGGAGCUUUUCCUGGACCCGGACGGUGCGCAUGCGCUGGGCGGCGUCGUCAAGCCGGCCGGCUGGCACCGCAAGUACGAGUCCUUCUGGCUGCGCCACCUCGGGCGCGCCACGCCCUGA